AUGCCCGCCAACCUCAGCGGCACCUGGAACCUGUUCAGCAGCGACAACUUCGAGGGCUACAUGCUGGCUCUAGAUAUUGACUUUGCCACACGUAAGAUAGCCAAGCUGCUGAAGCCACAGAAAGUGAUUGAGCAGAAUGGGGAUUCUUUUACUAUCCACAUGACCAGCAGCUUCAGGAACUACCUUGUGACAUUUCAAGUUGGAGAAGAAUUUGAUGAGGACAAUAAAGUCCUGGAUAACAGGAAAUGCAAGAGCUUGGUCACCUGGGACAAUGAACGACUCACCUGUGUGCAGAAGGGGGAAAAGAAGAACAGAGGCUGGAGCCAUUGGAUUGAAGGGGACCAACUCCACCUGAAAAUGUUCUGUGAAGGCCAAGUGUGCAAACAGACGUUCCAGAGAGCUUGA